AUGGCUUCCCAAUACCCUUCUGGACUCACCCUUACCAAGGUGAAGAACUCCAGCCACCACAACAGUGCGAUCCCCCUACCAUUGUUCUCAUCAUCAGCUGGUAAGUCAGGUCAGGAGUCGACCCUGGCUUUGAAGAUGGCGCAGGCUAUGGAAGGGGAGGUGGAUGAGGCAAUGAGAGACAUGAAGAGGACCUGGAACGAGAUGGCGGCUGAGAACAAAGGACAGUCUAUGGUAGAGAAAUGA